AAAUGUCAAACAAACAGAUGAUUUUGUUGACAAACUGUGUGUAAAUUUAGAGCAAAGAUCUUUGCAUUAGUGUGACGACAAAACAGUACAUUAUGACGGAUCCAGCAGAAGAAUCUGGUGCACAGUUACUAGCCAGACUAGCGUCCGUAUUGCGACCUCAACUGAACGAUUUGGACCCAUUUAUAUUCCCGAACCAUGGACUGUUCCCCAACGAAAUCGCUGAGAUAGCCGGCGAUAGUGGUUUGGGUAAAACGGCACUUCUGAUGCACAUAAUGGCAAAAGUGGUAUUGCCGGUGGAGUAUGGUGGGAGAAAUGGUCGAGUAUAUUUACUGCUGACCGAACACAAUUUCGACGUGGAAAAAUUCAUGUGGGUACUCAACAAAUAUUUAGAUGAAAGAACUGUGUCAACAGAACCGAUUGAGAGCGACGUACUACAUACAUCUCUGCAAAAUCUAACCAUACAGCGAUGCUUCGAUGAGACACAAUUCGAACUGGCAAUAUACAAUCUGCAUAGAGUGCUGCAGGAAAGCAGUCGCUAUUGUUUGCUGGCUGUCGAUAAUAUUGGUGCAUUUUAUCACACACCCAAGAACCAAGAAAAAGGUCAACCGUUGUACUUGAAAGAAGUGCUCACUAAACUGCGAUUGGUGGUCAAUCAACACCAUGUGUCCUUGGUGUACACAAAACCGGCAUAUUUUACGCUAAAGUCCGUUUGGAACAUAAUGGAGAUGGUCAAUUACUUUUUGAAACUGUCCGAAAUGGAGGAUUCUUCGAUGGUGUAUGAAGUGGGGUAUAAGGGUCAAGAUACAAUUCGGAAAUGUUUGCGGAAAUAUGAGUUUGAUAUGAAUGGGUGUAUUGAAUGGAAGUAGAUGAACUGGUCUGAAUAAACAAUAUUGAAUCUCAA